CCAAAGGGGCUAUAGUUCAUUCUCGUUUUAGUCAACCACUGAUAAACACAUCUCAAAUAUGAAUUGUUAAGUGAAUAUUUAUUACGAAAUUAAGAAACUAAAAUAUUUAUUUUAUUUGUUAAAGUUUUGCUAUUUAUUUAUAGUGGUGUUUUUGUGAGUAAGUGCACAAAUGGCGCAGUUACAGAAUGGAUAUUCUAAUAAAAAACAAUUGGAUAUUGUUGUUGUUGGCGCGGGAUUGGUGGGGUCUCUCGAAGCACUAUAUCUAGCGAAGAGGGGACAUCGGGUUCGUUUGUACGAGUUCCGCGAAGACAUAAGAAAAACACCAACAGCCAGAGGCAGGUCUAUAAACUUGGCCUUAUCAGUGCGCGGGAGGCGAGCGUUAAAAGAUGUGGGCUUGGAGACGCAUAUGAUAAAGGAACAUGGCAUCCCUAUGACGGGCAGACGGAUCCAUAGAACUGAUGGAUCCACCUACGUCAUUCCUUACGACGCAAACACCAAACAGUGUAUUUACUCCGUGGGGAGGAAUUAUUUGAACUCACUGCUUUUACAAGAAUCUGAAAAAUACGACAAUGUUGAGAGAUAUUUCAACCAUAAGCUGAUUGAAUCGAAUUUGAAGAAGGGAUCUUUAACGUUUCAAAGAACAGACACAAAUGAGCAAGUUCACGUCACCGCCGACUUGAUCAUUGGGGCUGAUGGCGCCUUCUCAGCCGUCCGCAAAGCCAUGAUGAAGAGACCUUUCUUCGACUUCAGUCAGAAAUACAUCGAACACGGCUACUUAGAACUGUGCAUACCAGCAGACGAUAAUGGAAGCUUUCAGAUGCCCGCCAACUACCUCCACAUUUGGCCCAGAGGCGAGUUCAUGAUGAUAGCUCUCCCAAACCAAGACGCUUCCUGGACAGUAACGCUUUUCAUGCCGUUCUCCAAGUUUAAGAACUUGGACACAGAAGAGAAACUUAUAGCUUUCUUCGAAAAAUACUUCCCGGAUUCAAUUCCUCUUAUUGGCAAGGAUAAGCUUGUGGAAGACUUUUUUGCGGGAUCACCAUCACCUUUGGUUGCUAUUAAAUGUCGUCCCUACAACGUGGAAGACAAAGCCCUUAUAAUCGGUGACGCAGCCCACGCCGUCGUUCCGUUCUACGGUCAAGGCAUGAACGCUGGCUUCGAAGACUGCUCAUUGCUGGACGAGCUCUUCCAGAAACACAAUGAUAACUUAGUGGAGAUUCUGAACGAGUUCUCCGAUACUAGGUGGGAAGAUACUUUUGCGAUCAGCGAUUUGGCCAUGUACAAUUAUAUUGAGAUGCGGGACCUAGUGACCCGACCGUCGUAUCGUCUUCGCAAAGCAAUGGACGACUUCAUAUUCUGGCUGCUGCCCAACUUCUGGGUGCCUCUGUACAACUCUGUCACAUUCUCCACCAUGCCUUACAGUCGUUGUAUCAAGAACCGCGAGUGGCAGGAUCAGGUCCUAAAGAAGACUUGGUCAUUUUUUGGCGUAGCAGCAUUAAUCGGAGGUGCUGUUGCAUUGAAACUCAAACAUUUUGUUUAAAUAUAUGUUUCGUUUUAUCUAAA